AUGAGCCUCAGGGGCAGCACCACCUCCUCCUGUCCCAGGGCCAUCCCACUUCCUGUCCUGCAGGUGUUGCUGCCGCUGUCACUGCUCCUGACCACGCUGGUUCCCUCCACCACUGGAGAACCUAAAAGUAUGGAUAGAAGGCGGUACAUUGAACUUCGCUGCUCAUGUGUGAAGACCACCUCUGGCAUUCAUCCCAGUAACAUCCAAGGUUUGGAAGUGAUCAGGGCAGGACCCCACUGCACCAAAGUCGAAGUAAUAGCAAUGUUGAAGAAUGGGAAGAAAGUCUGUCUGGACCCAGAAGCUCCCAGAAUCAAGAAAAUAGUCCAGAAAAUAUUGGAAGAUGGUGGGUCAGCUGCUUAAUCUUUUCGCUUUCUGUCAAACCAUUUUAUCUCCCAAGAAGGAUAAAAGUUUGAGGUCUUGGCUUUCUAGAGUUCUUAUUUAUCCAGGACACCGAGUAAUACCGUAUGAAGCUUUGGAUGUGUUUUCCAUUCUGUCGCAAAAAGUCACAUUUUGUUCUGAGAUGGCUGAUUAAUAGAUGACAGAGAGAAAAUGAAAGUCAGCAUGGCUAGGGUGUAAGAUAGGCUCAAGGAUGCAUUGUACAACAGGGGGAAUGGAGCCAAUAUUUUGUAAUAACUGUAAAUGGAAAGUAACUUUAAAAAUUUUAAAGUUAAUAAAAAAAGAAAGUAAGCAAGGCUAGUUUCAAAAUACAUGGUUUACUCCCUAACUCUUGGCUAAAUGUGGUACUGUGUUUUGCAUUUCCUCUUUAAAAAUUUCUUUCCAAAUACAGCCAUGUUAACUUAUCUUGCUCCUCUGUACUGUUAGACUAGAUGUGCCCAUGAUGAUUCCAUAAUGGUCAGUGAUAUUAGGAACCACACAGGGCCCAGCAUGGAACACUUGCUCAAUAAAUGUUUAUUAAUAUAUUUAGGCACUUUAUAUAUUAAUAGUGUUUUUCAUUGUCUUAGUCCUAGGAUGUCUUGUUUCAAAACAUUCUCUGAAAGA